UGUUACUGGUGCUGCUGCUGCUGUUGACUGGUGAUCGCUCUGUGUGGCUUAUGAGCACCCUGAGUUUAUAAUAAGCCGGGCUUGGUUCCUCAGGUGGGGCUUUAACUCGCCGUCGCUGGGAAGAAACGGCUAUAAGUGUCUGACAGCAGACAACAAAACAACAGCUAUCAUGUCCUGAACUGAAGGCUUUUUCACAUGUAGCCUGUUAGCUGCUAGCUGCGUCGCGUACAGUGUACACACAGGCUUUUUGUUCUGCUGCUGGACAGCCUCUGCAUGACAAAUUGGUACCAAUGUUGAGGGCUGACGAGGCGCAGAAAUAGUGGUCGUUCUGUGUGGGGAGCAGAAAGAAAACGUGUCAAGAAUAACACCUGGUUGUCAACCGCAGCCCCGGGGCUGACCCCCUCGGUCGUAGACCGAUUUUAAUGGCCGGAAAUCCGAGGAGGGGCGCCGGUCUCAUCGGCUUGAUGAAGGACGCCUUUCAGCCCCACCAGCAGCCUCUCCAGCCUCACCAACCUGCGGUGGUGGACAAGAAAAUGGUUGAGAAAUGCUGGAAACUCAUGGAUAAGGUGGUGCGUUUGUGCCAAAACCCCAAGGUGGCUCUGAAGAACAGCCCACCCUACAUCCUGGACCUACUCCCGGACACAUACCAGCACCUACGCACCAUUCUCUCCCGAUAUGAGGGCAAAAUGGAGAUCCUCGGGGAGAACGAGUAUUUCCGCGUUGUCAUGGAGAACCUGACCAACAAGACGAAGCAGACGAUGAGCCUUUUUAAAGAGGCCAAGGAGAGGAUGUACGAGGAGAAUUCCCAGCCCAGGCGAAACCUUACCAAGCUGUCUCUGAUCUUCAGUCACAUGCUUGCAGAGCUGAAGGCCAUCUUCCCCAACGGCCUGUUUCAAGGCGACAACUUUAGGAUCACGAAAGCUGAUGCUGCGGAAUUUUGGAGAAGGUCAUUUGGGGACAAGACCAUAGUGCCAUGGAGGACGUUUCGUCAGGCUCUCCACGAGUUUCACCCGAUCAGCUCGGGCCUGGAGGCCAUGGCCCUGAAGUCCACCAUCGACCUCACCUGCAACGACUACAUCUCCGUCUUUGAGUUUGACAUCUUCACCAGGCUCUUCCAGCCAUGGUCGUCGCUUUUAAGGAACUGGAACAGUCUGGCUGUCACUCAUCCUGGUUACAUGGCCUUCUUAACUUACGAUGAGGUCAAGGCCCGACUGCACAGGUUCAUCCACAAACCUGGCAGUUACAUCUUCAGGCUGAGCUGCACCCGCCUCGGCCAAUGGGCGAUCGGCUACGUGACGGCCGACGGCAACAUCCUGCAGACCAUCCCUCACAACAAACCACUUUUUCAAGCCCUAAUCGAUGGAUACAGAGAAGGAUUCUAUCUGUUCCCAGACGGCCGUGCACAGAACCCAGACCUGACCGGGCUGUGUGAGCCUUCUCCACAGGACCACAUCAAAGUCACUCAGGAGCAGUAUGAGCUGUACUGCGAGAUGGGCUCCACUUUCCAGCUCUGCAAGAUCUGUGCAGAGAACGACAAGGACGUGAAGAUCGAGCCCUGCAGGCACCUGAUGUGCACCUCCUGUCUGACUGCCUGGCAGGAGUCAGAGGGUCAAGGUUGUCCGUUUUGCCGCUGUGAGAUUAAAGGCACAGAGCCCAUCGUCGUCGAUCCUUUCCACCCGAAGGCCAGCGGGGCUUCCUUCGCUGGUUUCCAGGCGUCCAGCCGAGCAGAAGCUGCCGGAAAUGACGAGGAAGAUGACGAUCGCAUGGAGGACCAGCACCUUGUCAUGAGCAGGCUGGCCUGCACCAAGGUCGAGCGUCCGGCGUCUCCAGUGUCCCAGCUGCCUCCAGUUCCCCCACGACUGGACCUCCUGCAGCAGAGACCCUCAAGCUCACACCAGGGAGCCACAGCCAAGCUGCCGGCCACUCACCGAGACAAGCCUCUACCUCUGCCACCGGCCCUCAGAGAUCUGCCACCUCCUCCUCCUCCAGAGCGGCCCUCCCUCCUCAGCCAGGACUCAAGGCUCCAGAGGAGGCCGCUGCCCUCCACCCCAGACCAGCCCGCUUGGGCUGCAAACUACAUGGUCCCACGUCCCGCGACCAAGGCUCCAGCCGCCUUGUCCUCUGCUGUUCAGAGUAACGAAGCUAGUGGAGAGGGGAGCAAAACUCAGUCAGCUACCAACGCUGUUUACUGUCUGGCUGCAAGGUCUCUGCCGGCGUCCGUUGUGUUAAGCGGGGAGAAGUCGUCGUCGUCCGACUGUGAGGAGAACGAGUACAUGAGCCCCACGUCUCUUCCAGUCACCAAUCCUCUGUCGGUCAUCACAGGCUGUUUGGUGCCUCCGCCGCCGAGCCAGGCAAACCAACACAACGACAUCAGUGAGGCGGUGGACAGCGACUCCGACGACCCCCAAGUGUAUGAGUCCAUGUGUAAUAUCAAGGCUCAGUCUGGAUCAUCUGAGACAGCACAGAACUCUGAUCUGGACCACCCUCAACACUCGGCAGCAGUUUCCCAGGAAAGGGACGCUGCUGCAGCGGAGGAGGACUACAUUUACGAUUGUCCCAGACCGGUCGUCCCUCCCGCCCCGACCAGAAGAACCCUGUCGGAUAUGAGCGGGCCCUCAGCCGCCUUCAGCACACUCAGCAUCGACAGUGCGGUAGACGCAAGUAUGUUUGCCGCAGGUGUGGACCCUGAACGUCCCCCCAAACCCCUCCCGCGGCGAGCCAAUUCGGACCGACGGCCUCGCCCCUUGAACCGCGACUACCCCGCUCCAUUACCGGACCUCCCUGCUGCCUCCUCUGCCUCGCUGACCCCGCCUCCUCCUCCUCCUCCUCCUGCUAAUGCGAGCUCUGGCAGCCUGGCCCUGAACGGCGAGAUCGAGUGUCUCAUGUCCCAGGGCUACUCCAUCCAGGACAUCCAGAAAGCCCUGAUGAUCGCUCAGAACAACCUGGAAACGGCCAAGAACAUCCUGCGGGAGUUUGUCACCAUCCCCUCCGCGGCUCACAUCGCCACAUAGUCCCGCACAUAGUGACGCGCCGUGCCGCGCCGCGCCGCCUCUCUGUCUGUCUGUCUUUACUUUGUGCCAUUAUCAUGAUAGAAUUCACCAAGCACUUUCCUGUGGGAGAACAAGUACCUGCCCGAAAGAGGAGUGAAGCUGUGUUCACGUCGUACCAGAAGAUGAAGGAGAAGUUUUUACGCCGAGAACAUGUUGUUCGACGUUAUCUCAUCAGUACUAUCUGAGGUUCUUUGGACCAGCAAGAAGAAGCACAGUGAUGGCAGUGUUGUGGACUAUGUAUAUAAAUGGACGUCGUCGCCUGGUUUUAAACGUGAAGCCUCGGGAGUAGCAGUUAGCCACCGGGGGGCGACUCCACUGGUUGCAAAAAGGAAACAAUUUGAAGUCUAUGGGAAAAUUUGAUUUAAAAAGGUCAGGAAACGAUAACCUGAGGAGUUAGGUAAGAGGAAAAUAGAGCUACUUCUCGCCCCGCCUCCCUUGCAUAUUGCAGUUUGGAUGGAAUCUUGAGGCUUCACAAUGCAAGUUCAGGAAGACUUGGUCCAUUUUUAUGCACCGUCUAUAAACAGAGUCCGUCAGCAGGUUGGUUCAAAGCUUCAGUCUGGCUCAUUUGAAGGAGCGGAGAUCAGAUCUGGUGUCACCUGAACGCAGCAUUAACAAACUAUUUUAAAGCCUUUUAAUGUCUGCUCUGUUGAGGUUGACUCGUGUUGUAAUAACGGCG